CGCGACGAUGUAGUUGCAGACGUCAAGCACAGAAUUGCCAGCUAUUUAACGUUAACAAGGUACAGUGAUGUAUACUUAAAUUGUCUCCAUUUUAUAACGAUAUUUGCUGAAUCACAUUCACCAGAUGUUUUGAAGGCCAACAUUUAAUAUUUAUAAGGAUAUCGUUAUUCAGUCGCAAAUCAGUCGUACUUGACGCGUCGUUCAGAACAUAAAGAACGAAAAGAAAAAUUGGUUGUCUCUUCACGGUGAAACCAACGAACUUCAAGAGAACUGAAGAUUAGUGUCGAUUAAUUUAAAGAAAUCUUCUUUACGUUAAAGUAUCGAGUACAGAUCUCUCCAGUGAAAUGAACUACUUUCUAAUUUCUCUCGCUGUCGGCCUGGCAUUAUUCUCGUAUCUCUCGAGAUAUUAUUGCUUUAACACGACCUACACUAUUCCACAAGUAACGGAAACAUGGUGGACGCACGGUACCGAAAAGUCCGCCGAUAACAAGGUCAAGCCAUAUCGCGUCAGCUUCUCUCAAGAGAUGGUGGACGAUUUAAGAUAUCGGCUGAAGCAUACUAGAAAUCUAACACCGCCGUUGAAAGACACCGCUUGGACUUACGGCACAAACACAGACGUUUUGCAGAAACUUUUGAACUAUUGGGCGAACGAUUAUGACUUUCGGAAACGCGAGGAUUACAUCAAUCAAUACUCACAAUUUCAAACCAACAUCCAAGGGCUGGACAUUCACUUUUUGCACGUAAAACCGAAGAAUCCGGAGGGGAAACGUGUCUUGCCGCUUUUGAUUUUACACGGAUGGCCCGGUUCUGUGAUGGAAUUUUACAAGAUCAUCCCUUUGUUGACUACCGCAAGGCCAGAGCAUGACUUCGUCUUCGAGGUCAUAGCACCUUCCUUGCCCGGAUUCGGUUUCUCCAGCGGCGCCACGAUACCUGGCCUAUCGGCCUCCAACAUGGCCGUAGUUUUGAAAAAUCUCAUGUUGAGACUCGGAUUCGACAAGUUUUACGUCCAAGGUGGCGACUGGGGCGCCUGUAUCACCACUGAUAUGUCGAUUCUGUUCCCGCAACAUGUGCUGGGUAUGCAUUCUAAUUUGUGCUCGGUGAUAAACAUUUGGUCUUUGCUGAAAGAACUAUUUUACUACUAUCUUCCUUCGAGCCUGUCACCUUCCGGAGAUUUCUAUCAAGGAAUAUCAUUGAAUCAACAACUGAUCGCUUUCCUGCAAGAAACCGGAUAUUUUCAUAUCCAAGCUACGAAAGUUGACACGAUCGGAGUUGGUCUAUGUGAUUCACCAGCUGGUUUGGCGUCGUAUAUUAUCGAGAAAUUUUCGACCGGUACUAAUUACUCGUACAAAUUUAGAGAGGAUGGCGGACUUCUGGAGAAAUUCACGUACGAUGAGCUAAUCGAUAAUCUAAUGAUGUAUUGGGCGCCGAACAGCAUGACUACGGCCAUGAGAAUAUACGCGGCACUUUUUAGCAAGCAGAACUUGAACAUGCUUAGCUUGAGAACGCUGCCAGUAACCGUUCCCAGCGCUUGCGUGCAGUUUCCUCAUGAGAUUAAACUAUAUCCUGAGAAUAUACUGAGAGACAAGUACGUGAACUUAGUACGCGUUACCAAAAUGCCACGAGGUGGACAUUUUGCAGCGAUGGAGGAGCCUAAAUUACUGGCGGAUGAUAUCUGGGCCUUCGUUGGACAGAUGAAAGUGUUGAAGAAAAAUAAUAAGGAGAACAGCAAGGACAAGAAGAAUGAUUUACCAAACGUACGCACAGAUAUCCGCGCUCUCUUGUCGCGCUUCUCCAGUCGCACGCUCUACGUUAGACGAGACAGACGCGCCAUGUGGAAGACUACGACGGUGAUCUUGGUUCUCGCCAUCGGAAUAACUCAAUUAUUUUUGUCCAACACGGUCGUAGAUGUGCCGGAUUUGCCGGAAACGUUUUGGGGUCCGGAAAAGAAUAAAGGAGCGUCGAAGGAAAUACGACCAUUCGUCAUUAACGUGCCCAAAUCGGUGAUCGACGAUUUAAAUCAACGGCUCGAGAAUGCGAGGGAAUUUGUGGAACCGUUAGAGGAUGCUGCGUGGACUUAUGGUGUCAGUUCAACAUAUCUGAAAGAUGUCGUUCAAUAUUGGCGCACCAAAUAUAACUGGACCGAACGGCAAGCGCUACUAAACAAGUACCCUCAAUAUGUGACCAAUAUACAAGGUCUGAACAUACAUUUUUACCAUGUAAAGCCACAGUUACCGAAGGAUCGAAAAUUGAAAGUUCUUCCGCUAUUACUUCUUCACGGUUGGCCGGGAUCCGUGGUGGAAUUCCAAAAAAUGAUUCCCAUGUUAACGACGCCUCGUCCCGACAAGGACUUUGUGUUCGAGGUGAUUGCACCUUCGCUUCCAGGAUACGCGUUUUCGCAAGCAGCCGUACGAAACGGUUUGGGUCCAUCGCAGAUGUCUGUGAUAUUCAAAAAUCUUAUGUUGCGUCUCGGCUUCAAUAAAUUCUACGCGCAAGGAGGAGACUGGGGCUCUUUUAUCGUAUCACAUUUAAGUGGUCUCUACCCGGACAACAUUCUCGGUGGCCAUAUGAACAUGUGUGCUAAUUCUGGCACAUCUAGCAUGGUAUGGAGAUUGAUUGGCACUGUUCUCCCAUGGCUCGUAGUCAAUAACGAAUAUCAUUCCAAGAUGUACCCUUUAAGCUCCCACGUGAGUCGAUUACUCGAGGAGUCGGGAUAUAUGCACAUACAAGCUAGCAAACCAGAUACUCUAGGAAUCGCGGUGGCAGCCUCGCCGACAGGAUUGGCGGCAUACCUAUUGGAAAAGUUCAGCACGUGGACGAAUCCAGAGUACAGAUUCCGUCCUGAUGGCGGCCUGCUCGAGAAGUACACUAUGGACGAGCUUUUAGACAACGUCAUGUUGUAUUGGGUCACCAAUUCUUUAACUACGAGCGUUCGAAUUUAUGCUGAGCAAUUUAAUAAAGCUCACAUGAGCAGCAAAAUCGACGAAAUACCAGUCAAUGUGCCGACAGCGUGCGCGGUAUUCCCUUACGAACUUCUCUACACACCAGAGAGCCUCCUUCGAGACAAAUACACUAAUCUGAUACAAUUUAACCAUUUACCACGCGGCGGUCAUUUCGCUGCAUUCGAGGAGCCGGCUCUCUUAGCGAACGAUGUGUACGAAUUCGUGUCGAAGACAGAAGAUAUUGCGAAGAAGGCCGGUAAAGAUAAAUCGAACGCGGAGAAGAAGAUAAAGGAGCCAACGAAAAUUUAAGGACAUUCCUUCGGUUGCAUUACUGUUAAAUGAGGAAUCGGCCGGAUCAGCUGUGAAAAAUCCUCGUUAAGCGGCGAUUAUCAGGGACGAGGAGGUUUUACGUUUUUCAGUUUUGUACACGCGUGAGAAGGUUUUUGUGAAUAAAAUAGUUUACAUAAAUCUCGAA